GGUAUCUCUGGACUAUUAAGUUGCUCGUCUGCUCGGAGAGAAUUCAGUCCAUGAAGAAGUAUCCAGCAGGUCAGUCAUGACACGAAAGUGCAGUGGCAUUGUGCCACUAAUUCUGGUCGCUUUCCUUCAGACUAAUAUAGUCUCGGCAGAUUUCGGUUUACCAACGCCAGUUACUGGAGGAGCCAUGAUAGCAUCCAGUGCCAAAAGCAUCAACAUUGUGUUCAAUGCAAUGAGUUUAAAUCUGCGAAGAUAUAAUCUAGAAAAACAAACCGGGCCCCUCAGAUCCUCUAGUGAGAAGAUUGCACAGAUGGCCAAAACGAUUGCAGACCUAGGAAAGCUUGUUGCAUCUAACGUCACUAAAGCGGCAAACGACAGAAUCACACCGGUCAAUGAUCUGUUCAGCGCAUUGCAUGAAUCAUAUAAGCAAAUGAAUCGGUAUCUGAAAUCGGAAGCGCUAGUUUCAAUAAACUCGCUCAACGAUAGUGUCGCAACUAAUGGUUUGGAAAAUGCAUUAGAUGGGGUUAUCGGAGCUAUGGCAAAUGUGACUACAAUAACAGAAACUUUUGCGCGCGCAAUUAGUAAAACGCUACAAACUGCCGAAGGAAAACCAGUGGCUCGCGUCACCGUCAAUGCAAACAUCCCUCCUGGUCUCAUAGUAUCGAUGUCAAAAUCUCUCGAACAAUUGAAAGAGCAAACUUCCAUUCUUUCCAAAACAAUCGACUAUAUGCUGAAAAAUAUUGCUGUUCUUGAUUCCCACAUGGUUAAGGUAAAUGCUACUGCCUUAAAUAUGGAGCAAAAAAUUAAUGCAACCUUAUUGAACCUGGAGCAACCAUAUCGUGCCGAUGCUGACUUUAUUGUCAGAAGAUUGAGCAUAUUUCAUAACAAUAUCAAGACUGAACUCAGCAACUCUGUCGCGAAGCUAGCCGUAUUUCAAUCAAAUCGAACGCUGCUCAAUCUAGUUGAUAGUUUUUCAGAAGCCUAUACGAAGAUAUAUUACUUUCUAUACAAUCGUGAGCAAACCGAUGUAGAGUACAUUCAAAAAGCCUACACUGGAAUAAUAUCCAACAUGACACAGCAAACGAGAAAUCUUCACUCCAAUUAUACCGCGGAAAUGCAGCAACUGGAAAUUCGUCUCGGUUUUCAGUAUCUCAACCAGAACGCAAACUUCGAUUACUGCUUCAGCAACCAUCCGAACCAGUUAUUCAACGCUGUCAACACCUUCACCAACACCGUUAUCAAUUGCUUAAAUAGAGAGAGGAACCGCCAGGGACGAUUACCGGACGUUAUCGAUAGGUUCCUCCGUCAAACGGAUGCCAACGCGGAGGAUUUCGGCUUCAACAUCGCCACCUGUGCAACGUACUCGGGUUUUGCAAACUCACCUGCAGUCUAUAUGCAAGCGCUUUCUUGUCUCAAUACGACGCUCAGCCACGCGGAAAGCUUCCAGCAAGUAACAGGCCAAGUGCUCGAUACUGUACUGGAGAUGUUCCAAACGGAAGUAAAAGGCAACAGGUUCCGUUUAGGCGAUUGUUUGGAGUCCCGCGGAAAUGAAGGAUUGUCGUUGAUCAACAGUUUGCACCUAGAGAUUGAACGAUGCUUGUACAGCGAGGAAAACAAGGAACAAAUUAAUGUUGAUGUGGAACCAGAUGGUGAAUCGAAGGAUAUGGAAUUGGAGAAGCCGAUUUUGGAGGCAUCCGGCGACAAGCCCAAUGAGGACUAUUUCUAUGGCGAUCUUCCCGAGGAUAUAUUGUCCAGCUAUUGAAUAAACUGGUAAUGUUGGUGGAGAAAUGUUUUCAAUUGAUAAUUAUGAAUAAAUGAAAAACGUUGGCAUGCCAUUCCUCAAA